AUGCUAGGAUUGCCAAAGCGUUACAUUCGGACACUGGUAAUUCUAUUGUUCUUUUUGUUCCCUGUCGCAAUUGUAAGGUUCUGGGUGCAUUGGUAUGACCUGGGGGUUCGAUCAUCGAUUAGAAUAGCGAUAAAAGAGGGUGGUAUCAAGGACCAGGAUAACUUAAAACUACUUGAUGUUUUCAAAAAUAAAGAUUUGAAACAAAAGUAUGUCACUUCCGUGGGAAUCUCUACAUGUCUGUACGUUGGCAAUUUUGGGGAGUUUUGCCCUUCCUUUUUGAGACAUUUGAUGAGCCACGGACCUAAAUUGUUUGCACAAAGUGAACUGCAUACUGUUCGAAAGGACCUCUCCCGGUCGCGAAAGCUUCGAUUGGCAGGGACUGCCCACUACCUGACUUACGAAACUGUGGAGGUGUCCGAGCUCAUCACCUUUCUAAGUCAUUCUCAAGAGACUGUGUUCGCUGUAGAUGGAUUUCGUCCCCAAGCUGAGCAGGCAGCUACUAGCAACCCUGAAUUUGUCUUCUCUUUACAAAGUCUAACAAGUGACUCUGUUGCUCAAAGUGAUUUUGUAAGCGAGAUUGACGUCUUAUUUGGUUCAGACAGCGUAGAACCCCGGUUGGACUGGCAUAUGUCAAAGAAAUCACCAUUAGCUGUAGGCAAAGAACCUAAAUUCAUCACAAUGAGGAAACCCUCUUCUUUGGUAAAGACUUUAACCCAGCACAGACUGCAGGCAAACGAGGAGAAUACUUUCAAAAUAGUUCAGUUAGCUGACCUACAUUUUAGCGUGGGAGAGGGAAAAUGUCGAGACGAGUUCCCGGAGACCGACAACUGUCGUGCAGACCCCAAGACAGUUUCUUUUAUUGAAAAGGUCUUAGAUUCAGAGAAGCCACAGUUAGUUGUUUUCACGGGCGAUCAGAUAAUGGGCGAUGAAUGCUACCUAGACUCUGCCACUGCCCUUCUAAAAGCAGUCAAUUCUGUAAUCAGUAGGAGAAUUCCUUACGCCAUGGUGUGGGGCAACCACGACGACGAGGGCAGCUUGGAUAGAUGGCAACUAUCUCAAUUUGUUGAAGGGUUACCUUACUCGCUAUUCAAAACAAGUGAGCGUGAUACUAAGGACAACUCUUUCGGUGUGGGAAAUUAUAUGCAUUACGUCUAUGACAAAAAUGAUAACCCUGCAUCUGUACUAUACUUCUUAGAUGCUCAUAAGUACUCUCCGAAUCCAAAGGCAUACCCCGGGUAUGACUGGAUUAAGGAGGAGCAAUGGAGCUUUAUGCAAGGAUUCGAAAACACGUUGGAAUCUCAGGAAGAUUCGUUAUCCAUGGCAUUUUUCCACAUUCCGCUGCCGGAAUAUGUGAACUUCCGAUCCAAGAAUUCUCCUGACUACGAUAACCCAAUGAUCGGCAAUCUCAAGGAGGGAGUAACGGCGCCCAGGUAUAAUUCAAACGGAAUAAAGAUUUUAAGACAACUGGGCGUUAAGAUUACCAGCGUCGGUCAUGAUCAUUGCAAUGAUUAUUGUCUACUUGAUGAUUCUCAAUCGCCCGCGAAUGAGGACAAAAUAUGGCUAUGUUUUGGGGGUGCCGCCGGUGAAGGUGGGUAUGCUGGGUAUGGUGGGACAGAGCGUCGGAUCCGAGUCUAUCAACUUGACUUCUCUGAAAGAAGUAUUGUGACUUGGAAAGUUCUUAAUAGUUCGCCAACAAGCCCCUUUGAUGUACAAGUGCUAGUCAACGAUGGCGUUCCAAGAACUGGCUAA